AGACUCCUGAGAAGAAUCAGGGAAACCCAAGGGAACUACUCACUCCUUGCAAACUGAAAACUUCAUCUCAAUGAAGAAGGAAGGCGAGUGGCCUCCUUGCAACUGAACGCUUGGUCCCAGGGCAAAGAAAAGGGACUGAACUCCUUGGAUUCCUGGCUUCACAACUGACGUGUUUCCAGUCAAGGGAGGGAUAUGAACUCUUUGCCGAUUGAAAACUUGGGAAGGAAGGGGAAUGAAUGAACUCCGCUCCGGGAAAGGAAAGAGAAGGAGCUCUCUUGCCAUGGAGCACCUGGCUUUAGUAAAAGGGAGGCGAAUGAAUGCUUUGUAACUGAAAGCUUCCUGCCAGGAAAGGAACGGAAUUGAACUCCUUACAACUGAGAACUUGCUUGGAGUAAAGGAACGAGGGACUGAACUCCUUGCAACUGAAAACUUGGCUCCAAUGAAGGAAAGGGAAUUAAAUUCCUCAUUGAAAACUUGGUUCCAGUGAAAGAAGGUGGACUAGAACUCCCUGCAACUGCAAACCUGGUUCCAGGGAAGGAAAGGGGCUAGACCUCCUUGAAAGAAGGGACUCCUUGCAACUCCAAACUUGUUUCCAGUGAAGGAAGGGGCCUUGGCUUAGGGACUAGCUCUCCUUUGCAGCUGAGAGGGGAUCGGGGUGCCUUGCCUUGCCCCUUUCCCUUGGGGAUGCUGCCCCUCUGAGGAGGCCCUGCUGCUUCCCUGCUGGGCUCCGGGGCCAAGCCUUCCUCCUCCUUCCCCUCCGAUGGGCGCCUUGGACUCGGCGGCCGGAGGAGCCUCGUCCGCCCUGAGCACCAUGCUCCCGGGAGCCCCCCUUCCGAGCCAGAGCUUCGCCAAGGAGCCUCCGGAGCUCCAGGGGGGCACUCCGACUCCCAAAGAGCCCGAGCUCAAGAUCCAGCCCCAGGAGCGGCCCUUCUUCUUCCCGGAGUCCCCCUCGCAGGAAGGCUGCCACGGAGGAGCCGCUUACGGAGGAGGAGCAGGAGGAGGGGGCUUCGGAAGCCCCUCUGCCUCGGAGAUCAGCUGCCCUCCGCCUUACAGAGCCCCCUCGGAAGCCCCGGGCUACGCAGGAGCAGCAGCAGCAGCAGGAGAGCUCUUCCCGGGCUCCCUCUACUCCUCCGGGGAAGGCAGCGGCUACUUCCCUCGCCCCCCUCCGCCUCCUCCUCCUCCUCCGGGUCCCCCUCUGUAUCCCAUGCCUGGCUUCCAGGCCUCCGGCAAGGUCCAGGUGCUCCUCAACAACUACCCUCUCUGGGCCAAGUUCCACAAGCACCAGACCGAGAUGAUCAUCACCAAACAGGGCAGGAGGAUGUUCCCGUUUCUGAGCUUCAAUAUCUCUGGGCUGGACCCUGUGGCCCAUUACAGCAUCUAUGUGGACAUUGUAUUAGUCGACCAGCAUCACUGGCGGUACCAAGGCGGGAAAUGGGUUCAGUGUGGAAAGGCAGAGGGAAAUAUGCCAGGGAAUCGGACAUACAUGCAUCCGGAUUCUCCUAACACAGGAGCCCAUUGGAUGCGGCAGGAGAUCUCAUUUGGAAAACUGAAGCUCACUAAUAACAAAGGAGCAUCCAACAACGUCACACAGAUGAUCGUGUUACAGUCUUUGCACAAGUAUCAGCCACGUCUACAUGUUACUGAAGCCAAGCCAGGCGAGUUGGAUGAGGCACACCCCUCCAUCUGCACCCAGAGCUUCAUCUUCCCAGAGACUCAGUUCAUUGCUGUUACAGCAUACCAGAAUGCAGAUAUCACCCAGCUGAAGAUAGACCACAACCCUUUUGCUAAAGGGUUCCGGGACAAUUUUGAUUCGAUGUACACCACUGCUGAAGGAGACCGCACAACACCAUCUCCACCCAGUGUUGCCAACUGCCAGCAGCUCCUUGCAGGCAGCCGUUUCCAGCCCUUCUUGCACGAUCAAUACAUGCUCCCUCAGAGCCGCUUCUACAACAGGGAGCGUGCCCCACUCCCCCUGCCACCCAAGGAUAGCCACCACUGGUAUUUUGCUUCACAACAGCCACCAGCUUCCCCUCUGGAAUACAGCACCUAUGAGGGUGACUUCAGAGGGAACAAAUUUAUGCCCUAUGGGGUGAAGCCCUUUGCUCUGCAGGCUGCUCCACACCCCUCCUUGCCGUACUACCAGGAGCACCCCUUUGGUCCUUCAGCCACUUGGAGUUCCCCACCUCAAUAUCACCACCCCAAACCCACCCCGGGUGCCUUAAGCUGGUUUCGGCCCAUGAGGGACUUGCAGGUGAUGGGCCCUGGUGAUGAGAAGGGAAAGGACAAUGAAGGCUGGGCUGAGCUGGGCUCAGUAAAGUCAGCAGAUUCCUCAGACUCUGGGUUGUAUGAAGCUGAGUGCAAACGGCGCCGGGUAUCUCCUUAUGUCUCCAGUGCUGAGAGCUCUCCACCUAUCCGCAAUGGAGAGCUCUAUGACAAAGAAGGUGGUGACGCUGGUUACUAUGGCUUCUAUGGCAACUGAAGAGGAACAGCAACUUUCAAGAGAAAAGGUGGUGCUUGGAAACCUUACCUUUUCAGACUACAGCUCACAAAAUCCUUCAGGCCACACUGGCUGAGGGAUUCUGGGAGGUGUAGUCCAAAAUGCAACUCAAGCUCUGGGGAAGGGGAUAGAGUUCUGAACAUCCAACUCUCUGGCACUCAUAUCAGGGGUACCUCACAUAAAAGGGACCCCUUGUUUGGGGGAAAGGUAUGGUUCUUCAUGAACAUUGCUGGGAGUAUUGCUAGGGCAUAGAGUAAAAUUUGUUCUAGUCAGGUGUCUCCUUUAUUAAGUAACUUCUAGUGUUAAGCACUGAUUCACAUUGAUCUUUGUGAACAGAGGAUAUAACAGGGCCACAUGAAUUGUGUGCCCAGUGACAGGGUCUUGAAGGGCUUUCCCCCUCUCUUUCUUGUGGAAAACAGGAAGCACACACAUGCACAUGUCAAUAGUGGUAUACAAAUGGAACUAACCUGCAGGUUUAUAUUCACAUCUCUAUCCCUGUCUUUGUUUAAUUUGGGGGAUGUGUUGUUGCUACAUACCUAAUUUAAUUCCUGAUAGAUUCAUUGCUUCGCAAAAAUCUACAAUUGAAAUUCAACCUGGAAUUAUCUCUUACACACAAAAACACAAACUCCCAAUUGAAUUUUAAUACCAUAUUGCUAAGUGUCAGCUUGUUGAUCUUAGUCAUCUGAAUUCAUGUAAAGCCAGCUAUCCCUAGAAUAGGGAUUACUUUCUGCAUUAGGAAAAGCAGGCCAGAGCUUGGAGAAGUUACUUUUUGACUGCAGCUGCUAGAAACUUCCAUCCAUCUUGGCCAGUUGUAAUCCAAAGAAAUCACUUUUUCAAGCUCUGCAACAGGCAUAAGGUCUGUCUUUCUGCAGUGUAUCACUUUGACUGGAAUAUGCAUUCUAGUGUACAUUUCAUUGUACAUCCCUCCCAAUCAUUUCCUUGCACACCUAGGUAUACAUGAGCUCCUUCUUUAUGUACAACUAAAUGCAGAUUAGGACAAUCCAGUUUACACUUUUAUCCUCAUCCCUGUCUUUUUUUAAAAAAGGUACAUGUUUGGACUUAUUGUGCAUUUGGGUGGGAACAUUUUAGAUUUAUCACAAGCAAUUUGAUAUUAAGAAAAUUUGCUUGAGAAUAAUAUUCUGAAAUACAUUUCAGUUUGAAGAGCUUUUUUUAAAAUUGAGAUUAUUAUUGUCCAAGACAGAUAGGUAUAAGGAACCUCAGGUGUAAAUAAUGGUGCGAUUUCAAAUGAGUCCAGAAUGCACAUCAGAGGUACACAGAUGGUCUCUCCAUGCUGCAGUGGUUUCAAUUAGACAGCUACUUAAGAUGAGUUGACUACCUAUGCAUUGCCAUAAAAGAGGCUAUACAACUCCAAAAAAUGAAAAAAGACAAAAGCAUAAAUCAGAUUUGCAUAAAAUUACAUAUGUUGGUGGGCAACCCCUUGGUUAGUUCCAACUAAAUUAGACUCAUUCAGUCCUUUGUUGAAUGGUUAGUCAACAUGUUGGUAAGUUCCAUUGAUUCAAUGGGUAUACUCUAGUAAAGACUGACAACAAGAUUGUCGUCUGUAUGCAAGUUUGGAUAUAACUGCUGCUUCUGGCAAUUUUUGUGGUUCCAUAGUGUCCUUCCUACUGCGCCUAAUGUUGAGGUGGAAUCUCUUUUCCUGUAGCUUGCAUCCAUUGCUCUUAGUCUCUGGAGCAGCAGAAAACAAGUAUUUAGACAAGCAGCUGCAUUAGGACCCUGGAGGAACCCCAGCUGCCCAUCUCAAUGCCCUCUGCAGUCAUCAUUUCCCACCACGUUGGAAACCCUUUGGUUGGGACUCUGCCAGGCUUAGAGAUUGGAUUUUGAAGGGUAACAUUGGCAGAAUUUGCUAUGAGGACAGAGCUCUGUCAUUGCUAUAUACAAGAUUUUGGCCAUCCUUUCUAAAGCCCUACCUAAUAAAUCUGCUCUGUGAAUAAUGGGGGUAAUAAACAUUGGUUUAAAUCCAAUUGUUAAUCCCAAUUAACAGUGAGGCAGUGAGGUUGUGAACCCAGUUUGGGUUUUAGUCCAAACUCCAAAGGCGUUAUGCAAUGUGCUGAAUGCUAUCCCUGAAGUAGGUUCAGUACCUUGGAUAGCUCCUUGAAUAUCUGGACUCAGGCCUUGAGUAAAUUCACAGCCCUGCUACAAUGGAAGCCACCAGCUGAGGAUGAAUUGGUCAAGAACUUGCUAAGUUCACACUUGUGUAAAUUCCUACUCAUUCAAGGGCUCUGCUCUACUUCGAAGUAAUGACUGGAUUUAAGCUACAGUGUGUGUUUUUACAUUUCAUACUCUUUUUUUAGCACGCUCUCCCUCUCCCCGCAAAAGUACAAAAGUUUUAUACAUCAGCCUCUUCUCGUACAACCCACCCACCCAGAACAAUUUUGGAAAUAUAUAUAUAAAUAUAUAAAUGCCCAAAUCCUGGAAAGACUUGAUAGUCAUUUGGUGAAGUAAAUUUAUUGAUGCUAGACAAUCAAAAGAGAUUUUCUCUCUUAAGUGCUCUGCAGGUCAGCCUCUUGGGGGGGCGGGGGGCAGUUUCAGGCUCAGCUCUCUGUUUACACUUUUAAAACAAAAAUGAUGUAGAUGUAAAAGGCACAAAUGGUUUUUGUGGUGUUUUGAGGUUCUUUUUUUAAUUUUAUUUUUCAAAGCAAAAAAAAUCUUGAUGAUUGCAAAUAUUUAUUGAAAGCUGUGUACAGGCACCCUGUUUUCGUUUUGGCUGAAGAAUUUCUUUAAAUAAACUGUAAAGCUGU